AAUCAAGUUAUUUAUUAGUGUAAAUUAAAAUGUUUAUACCAUUUUUCUUUCUCCUUAUUAUAAAAAUAGUUUUGUGUGAUGUACCUGUGCAUCACAGAGUGCGAAGAAUUGUCGGUGGCUCCCCUGCAAAUUAUCCUCCAUAUGACGACCCUGUUGUUUACAUAAGAUUCAAUGGAAAAGCUGCUAAAAUAACAGGAGUUCGAGAUUUUCCCCAUUAUGUUUUUAAAGGCAUUAGAUAUGCUGAGCCACCAAUAAAAUCCGAUCGAUUUUUGAGACCCAAGCAAAAGUUUUUAGAAGGCGAGGUAAAUGCCACUACUUUUUCACCGCCCUGUAUACAACCUCUACCAGGUAGAAACAGAGUAAUUGGUAGCGAGGAUUGCCUUUCUUUGAAUGUAUUCACUCCAGACCUGCCUUCAGGGACAGAAGGCCUUCCUGUAAUAGUAUGGAUUCACGGAGGCGGAUUCCGAUACGGAUCAGCCUCACAGUAUGGGGUGAGACAUCUCGUAGGUCAGCGUCUAGUAGUAGUAUCCAUUCAGUAUCGUUUGGGAUCUCUUGGCUUCCUGAGCACAGGUUCAAAACACAUGCCUGGAAAUGUUGCCUUGUGGGAUAUGGCUUUGGCAGUUCAGUGGGUGCGAAAUUACAUUGGAUUCUUUGGUGGGAAUCCCCACAAAAUUGUCGUUAUGGGCCACGAUACUGGGGCCAGCAGUGCUUUAUUAGUUACUCUUUCAAAGAUUGCUAAAGGUAUGCCCAGUGCAGUAAUAGCCAUGUCAGGUACUGCCGUUUCUCGUUGGGCAGUUGACAACGCUCCUGUUAAUACAGCUCGCGAAAUAGCAGAGGAAAACGGAUGCCCUACCCAGAAUGAUAUCACCAUGGUCAGAUGCCUGCAACAGGUGCCGGCGGAUCUGAUAAUUAAAAAAGAUUCAAAUAUUGAAUUCAACAAACUGCAAAACGACGGUUUUGUUUCUGGUAUGAAUGGCAGAACGGGUGCUAGACCAGUUGCUGAGGGUACCAAUGACGAUAGAUCAUUGCCAGGUUUCAUUGAAUAUGAUCCUGUAGAGUCGAUGUACAAAAGGAGCAACCCUCAUAUACCUUUACUCACAGGAGUCACAAAAGACGAAACUAAGAAGGCUGUGAAUGGACACUUUAAGGAAGACAUCGUUAAACGCCUGUCCUCAAUACCAAACUUUCUGAGCAAAGUUUUAGUCUCUGAAUUACAAAAUAUGGUUGUCUGGAACAAACUGACGGGCAAGGAUGGCCUUCUAGGCAAUAUUUCUCUAGGAAUAGUCGAUAAAAACGGUAAACUGGAGCUGGGUUCUUUAAGGAACGUUUUGCCAAAUAAUUUUGAUAAUUACCUCAAAGUUAAGAGCAACGAUAUUAAGGGACAGCUGGAUAAAAUAGCAGAAGUGACAGCUGAUGCCUUGUUUAAUGUACCGGCAUUUCUCACUGCACAAUUGUGGGCAGGAUCACAAACCUUUUUGUACAGCUUCGAGCAUGCAGGUAGAAUGAACAAGGGCUCUAGUUUUUUAAAGGGUCUGCCCUUGAUUGGAAACAGCUCAACAGACGACAACAACAAUAUCGUAGGUCAUGGUGACGAACUAGCAUAUCUUUUCGAUGCACAAGACAUUGAUGGCAAUCCAUUACCAUACCAAACACCCACCGAUGAUGACGUGAAAGUUCGAAACAUUUUUCUUCGAAUGAUCAAUGAUUUUGUCCGUCACGGAGAAAUAACAGUAAAUGGUGAAAAGGCGCAAUCUUUCAACGGUGUAGAAAACAACUACAUUCAAAUUGGUCCGAAACCAAAACUAGCUAACAAAUUCCGUUUCUGUCAGAUGGCGCUGUGGACCAACAUAGGAGAAAGACUUAAAAGUUCUUCAUGUCAAUUCUUGAACGCCAUCGGACUAACACCGGAUCUACCAGGGUUAAACUUGAUGUAUAAUAAGAACAACAGAGGCAAUAAUCCUACUGGUGGGAUUUUAGGUCAACAGACCAAACAAGGAGGAUUGAAUAUUUUCGGUUAAAAAAAGUAUAUGGAAAAAAACUACCUUAUAAUAAAUUAUAUUUUAGAUCAUACAUCUCUAACAGAUAAAAAUUAUAACAUACUUAGAAUGUAAU